UGGCUAGGGAUAUACCUAAACUUGCGGCUUUCCUUUAAAAAAUACCUUAGGAUUAUAAAGGGGAAAGCCCUUAAAGCAGCUAACUUUCUAAAAUCCCUAAAUAAAAUACAAAAAGGAUCCCCACCAGACGUAGUAGCUAUAGUAGCUAAGGCCUGCGUCGCCCCUGUAGCCCUAUAUAGGACGGAGGCGUUUUAG